AUGAACCGUGUUAUUCUUGUCACUGGAGCCAAUCGAGGCAUUGGCAGAAGCCUCGUCGCACAUUAUCUUGCCCAGCCGGACACCACUGUUAUUGGCACUGUUCGGGAUAUCUCAUCUGAGAAAGCGAAAGAGCUCAGUACGCUGCCAAACGGCAAUGGCUCGAGUAUGAUUGUUGUGCCGCUUCACGUCGACAGCCCAUCAAGCGCUGCGGAGGCCGCGUCCGAAAUCCAGACGCAGCAUCACAUACAGCACAUUGACAUCGUCAUUGCCAAUGCGGGAAUUUGCAACCACUGGGGUCCUGUGCAGGAAAUGGCUGACUCGGACGUAGUUUCUCACUUUGAAGUGAACACAUUGGGACCGCUUAGGCUGUUCAAAGCCAUGGCACCAUUGCUACAGAGAGCCAGUACUCCCAAGUUCGUUUAUAUCUCGACGCUCCUAGCGAGCAUCCUCGGGAUUGAACAAAUGCCUUCAUUAACUGCUGCUUAUGGAAUGUCGAAGGCGGCGGGAAACUAUCUGGUCAAGAAGAUUAAUGCCGAGAAUAAGUACUUGAUCACUUUGUCGGUCGAUCCUGGACUCGUUCAAACCGACAUGGGUAGUCGCGCUGCGCAGAUCCAUGGGCUUGAGAAGGCUUUGGUGACCGUUGAGGAUACCGUUCGCGGAAUUACAAAUCAGAUUGACGUAGCGAAGAAAUCCACUACGUCUGGCCAAUUUGUUAACUUAAAUGGGGAAAAGGUGCCUUGGUAG